AUGAAGACAGUAGAGUAUAAACUUGCACGUCUCGAGGAGCAAAAUGCGGCUCUUUUAAGAAAAUUGCGUCACCAAGAAAAUGAGAUUAGUCGUUUGUCAGUACGGGAGUCUCAGUUGAGAGAAGUGAGACGUAUUCCUUUACUGCAAAAGCGUCUUGAUGCGGCUCUGGGUGAACGCGAGGAACUCGAAUGUCAACUCACCGAGACACGUAGGAGGGAGGUAAAGUUAUUAGAUGAGUUAAACCUUUUAAAGAAGUUUGUGAAGUUAAGCGAAAACCCAGAGCUUGCUGAAGUAGCACGUCAGUGUGCUAAUUAUGAACGUAUACAAGAAGAUCUAAAGACUCUUGGUGAACAGUUGCGUAUUAUAUCUGUAGAACGUGAUGAAUAUAAAAAACGAGCACUUCUAUCUUGUGAAGAAGCAGAAUACUACCGAGAUAAAUGGAACGCCUCUUUUAAUGAGAAGCGUGAGUUAGAAAAUUACAUACGAAAACAGCUUGCAGAAAAAGAAACUGCAAAUAUAGAGAUUUCAGUGAAAUCGCCAUCUUGUUAUUCAGUUAUAGAAAGAAGUUCUUCCUUAUCAGUAACCCCCGCUGAAGAAUCUCACUCUGUAGAAGAUUCACAGCAUCUUAGACAAUGUCUGGAGGAAGAAAGAGCUCGAAGUGGAGCUCUUCAAGAAACAAUAGAUGCACUAUAUGAACAACAAAAAGAACAACGUCGGUCUCGUUCCCAUGAACGUCGCCUUAGUAGUCCUCCAGCGCCAACAAAGAAUAUAUACUCUACUUCAGAAGGUGGUGAUACUGAACUUUCCAUACAAACUUUACGAAAGCAACUUCAACUUUCUGAAGGUGAGUGUAAAAUAUUAAGAAAUAGGUGGCAAACUAUAAGAGAAGAAAAUGAGUUAUUGUUAGCUCGUCUUUCGGAGCAAGAACAAAAGGAAACUUUUUGGCAAAAUCAGAUUCGCAAACUAUCUGGUGAGUGUGAUCAAUUAAAACGUCAAUUAGAGUUUUUUUCACAAGCAAAAUCAAUGAUCUUGUGCCAUCACAAUGAGUCAUCGUGUGGUGAACUACUACAGUGUUAA